UGGAACAAAACCCUCUCGGCAGCAGCAGCAGCAGCAUCAUCGAUCCCCGGUUGAGAGAAAUCACUGAUGUCUCUCGGCUUUCGAGUCCGAGCCCCGCGUUGCUGUUGGAUCUCAAAUAAAAACCGAGAGUGUGAGUUUAUGUGCCGCCAGGUGGCGCCGCUGAGUCGCCACCGUGGACGGGACUGGGCCGCUCCACGGACAUAAACCAGUACAGAAACCCCCCUUCUCUCUCUCUCUCACCCACUCUCUCUCUCUCUACUCCAGCCAGUCAGACGCCAGGGGAGUUCGUCUUCUUCUUCUUCUUCUCCUCCUCCUUCCAGGACCUCUGAUCUGCUCUGAUCUGAUCUGAUCUGAUCCGUCUUCCACAUACGGAGUGUUUCGCUGAACGCUGCGCACCAACGAGGUGUCUCCAGGCGAGUGAAUGACACAGACACCGGAGACGAUCCAGGAUGCAAACUCAGAAAAGUAACAGCUAGAGGAUUAAUUAUAUGACAGUGAUAACACCUAGAUAAGAAAACUACCUGUUGGAGCCGCGCAACUCACUUGAUAAUCCCACGGAUCCCUCAGACUGACGCGCACCGGACUUUUUCUCCAACUUCCCAGAGGGAUGGAUCGCUUCUGGGGGACACCGUAGCCCGGAGACAUGGACACUUUUACUGCAGACACUUCUCCACAGAGGUUUGGUGAAGUUUAAGAAACUCCCUGCGGUCACACAAAGUGCGUCUUUAUCGCGAUCGCCACUCAUGCGCAGUUUCAUUUUAAGUGUUAAUCUCUCGUUAGAGGUUGUGUCUCCCCGGCUGUUCGCGAACACCCGUGUAAAAUCAGCGCCUGUGUAUCAUGACUGCACAGUGUGACCGCUUGUGCAAUUGUCAUUCUGCUCCUAAAUCCGCUUUCCUGUGCCUGUGCCGCUCUGGUUUUUCAUACCCAGCAGCUGCGCUGCAGCAUAGCUGCGCUCAGUGUGUGUGCCUGUGUGAGUUAUUCACAGUGCUGCUAUGCAGACUGACUGGAGCCACGCUCAGACAGCUCUAAUGUAACCCCAAUUCUGAGGCAAAGGCCCUGGACUGCUCACACAGAAAAGAAAACCUUCAGCGGCGAAGACAAAUCUCUCCCUGCACUCCUCGGGUCCAGACGAGAGGACUUUGUGUGGAACAGCAGAUGUUGCACAGCUUUGUGUACUAAUAUAGAUUAUUCAGGAUGCUGCUAUGCAGACAGAGUGGAGCCACGAAGAAGUGCUGGUGAAAAUUAAAGUCGCACACAUGGCCGUGCAGCUUCUGUCAGGGCAGGCCAACAACAUGUGUCACACAGUUAGUAAAUGAGGCUUUGUCUGCAUGUGUUGUUGUUGUUGUCAUUGUUGGGCUGGGAUUGUAGUACAGGACAAAAAAAAAAAAAAAAAAUCAGGACCGGGGCCAAAAGUUGUGUCAGACGCACAAGACUCCCACUAAUGGUUUCCUUUCAGGAGGUGAACUCACAGAAAGAUGAUGCUCGCACUCGCGUUGUGAACUUUCAUGGACAUUUCCAUUCAUUUUCCAUUCCAGUGCAUCAUUUGACUUUUGAAAGUAUUAACUCUGUUUGCAUUUAACUGCCUUUGGGGUUCAUUUUGUUAAAAAAUGAAGAGCCCUCUUCCACUGAGCGACACCUGGAACGCCUCCAUCAACAAGGAUGCGGUGCUGAUCUCCAGGCCGGACACCAACAAGAAGUUCAAGAGGAAGUCCCGGGUGCCCAAAAGGCUUUUCACGGGCCCGGAGCCCGAGAGGAUGAAAACCUACCCGUCGGACGUGGACUCGGUGGACGACCUCACAGAGGCGGGCGAUGCCAGCGCGCUGGCUCCGCUCCACAGACAGUUGAUGGUGUCCCAGGAGCCAAUAGCCGGUACUGCUGGGAUUCACCCGGGACAACCAGAAGACAACAUGUCUCCGGCCCAGAGCGGCGCCAUCGACAUGAGAAUCGGCAUCAACGUGCCCGCCAUCGCUUCCAAAGUGUCGCCCGCCUUCCCAUUCUUCAGCCCGGAGAUCUCCCAGUGGCCCACCUCCAUCUCUCAGCCUUUGUCCACCAAACUCAAACUGGGCGUCCACUCCGCUUUUCCCCUGUUGACGUCCACCAACAACAACAGCAGCAGCAGCAGCAGCGGCAGCAGCCAGUCGCCCGGCCAGCUGGCCUUCUCCCUGAAGCCCUCCUCCCUUCAGUCGGGCCAGGCUGCAGCUCUGGCUCUGCCCCGAGCAACGAACUCCACGCAGUGUCAGGAACAUAUGGCGUCCCAGGACCCGCCACCCAAGGACUCUCCGACCAAGCAGAUUGGAAUGAGCGCCGACGGACCUGGGCGUCUUCCAGAAGUCAAAGCCAUCCAACAGACCAGGAGGCUGCUGGCCAACGCCAGGGAGAGGUCCCGCGUUCACACCAUCAGUGCAGCGUUUGAGGCCCUAAGGAAGCAGGUGCCGUGUUACUCGUACGGUCAGAAGCUCUCCAAACUGGCUAUCUUACGUAUAGCUUGCAACUACAUCCUGUCCCUGGCUCAGUUGGCUGAGCUGGAUUACAGUCCAGACCACAACAGCCUGAGCUUUUCUCAGUGCGUGGAACAGUGCACCAGGACCCUGCAGGCCGAGGGCCGGAGCAAGAAGAGGAAGGCUGGAAGACUUCCAGAGGACGUAUGAUGCUUUCAGAGUCCCGUCUCUCUUCCGACUGUGGGCCGAUGCUGGACGAAUCCCUACGUUCUUCACGCGACCCGCCUCGAGCCUGUUGAGCAAAUUAGGACCGAAUCCAGGACUCAAAACAAUAAUGUUCACAAUCGUAUUAAAAACAAAGCAUCAUAUGAAGAACGAGCUACAUGGUAGAAAUGAAACACAAUAUACGGACUAACUGGAAAACGUGGCUAACAGUGUUUGGAAGUUCUGCUGGCGAGGAAGUGAGGAUGAUGAUGAUGAUGAUGGUAAUGGUGAGGAUGGCAUUUAUUUUAACGUCAGUGUAUUUUAAAAAACUGUGAAACUUUUACAUGGCUUUGUAACAAACAUGGACUUCACCUGACGUCAUCUAGGGCCUAUAAUCUGAGUUACACCUUAUUAUUUUCUCAAAAAAGUAAUAAAUAUUAAAGUUGACAAUGUUUACAAGUUA